AUGGCUAUUCUUCACACUCACCCCCCUAAUGCCAUCCUGGCCAGUACUCUCAUCCUACUGCUUUUCACUUCCCUUCCAAUCCCCAUCCUUUCCCAAGAUCCGAGCUCCUCCAGCCCCACCAUAGCCCAAUGCGCGCCAAGCCUGCUUCCGCUCGCCCCUUGUGCCCCAUUCGUGCAGGGAACAGCCCAGUCACCGGCGCAGCCGUGCUGCAACAACCUCAAGCAACUCUAUGCCCAGGAACCACACUGCCUUUGCCUCUUGCUCAAUGACUCCACCUUCAACUCCUUUCCUAUUAACAACACACUGGCUCUGCAGCUGCCUCUUCUUUGCAGCCUCCAACUUAACAUCUCCCCUUGUUCAGGAAUAAAUGUGCCUUCUAGUGAAUCUAGUCCUCCUCCUGGUUCUCAAGCUUCCCUUGGGACACACACCAACUCCACUGAUCUCGGGACAAAGACGAACACGACUGUUGCUGCUUCUCCAAUGGUUCAAGUGCAACCAAGAACCAGCAUCGUGGGAUCAGGCUUCGGCAGAAGCAGCAGCACCAAAUUGAGGGGGGAAGGUGACUUCGCAGUGGCGACAGCUAUGGCAGCCUUUCUUUUGACAGCAUUACUGUAUUGAGGCCCUACUAUACUAAUGUUUUCAUGGUAAUUGAUGGGUGCGUGUUUAGAAUGUGUUUAGUGAUUUAAUCUCGGAUCUAAGACCCAUGUAAAUUGAUUGCGAUGUUGACUACUUUUAAUUGAUGAAUGUUAUAUUUUCUGUUUAAUUAGACGAAGUAAAGAUAUUAGUGAUAAUAAUAUAUAACGCAU